AUGUAUCAUCCAAACAUGUUUGAGAGCCAUCAUAUGUUCGACAUGACCCCAAAGAGCACCUCCGACAACGACUUGGGAAUCACUGGAAGCCGAGAAGAUGAUUUUGAGACCAAGUCAGGAACCGAAGUCACCACCGAGAAUCCUUCCGGUGAAGAGCUUCAAGAUCCUAACCAACGUCCCAACAAAAAGAAGCGUUACCAUCGCCACACGCAACGCCAAAUUCAAGAACUCGAAUCGUUCUUUAAGGAAUGUCCUCAUCCAGACGAUAAGCAACGCAAAGAGCUGAGCCGCGAUCUCGCUUUAGAGCCUCUUCAAGCACAACAUGAGAGGCAUGAGAACCAGAUUCUAAAGUCAGACAAUGACAAACUGAGAGCAGAGAACAACAGAUACAAAGAAGCACUAAGCAAUGCCACGUGCCCUAACUGUGGCGGUCCUGCUGCUAUCGGAGAAAUGUCCUUUGACGAACAGCAUCUCAGGAUCGAAAACGCUCGACUCCGCGAAGAGAUUGAUAGAAUUUCCGCGAUCGCUGCCAAGUACGUUGGGAAGCCACUGGGACAAUCUUUCGCUCCACUAGCGAUCCACGCGCCAUCUCGUUCGCUUGAUCUUGAAGUUGGGAACUUUGGGAACCAGACAGGUUUCGUAGGGGAAAUGUAUGGAACAGGGGACAUUUUGAGAUCAGUUUCAAUCCCUUCUGAGACAGACAAGCCUAUGAUCGUCGAGCUAGCUGUUGCAGCUAUGGAGGAGCUCGUGAGAAUGGCUCAAGCCGCUGAUCCGUUGUGGGUUUCAACUGAUAACUCGAUGGAAAUUCUCAACGAAGAAGAGUAUUUCAGAACGUUUCCAAGAGGAAUCGGACCAAAGCCAUUAGGGUUGAGAUCAGAGGCGUCGAGAGAAUCCGCGGUUGUUAUAAUGAAUCACAUCAAUCUCGUUGAGAUUCUCAUGGAUGUGAACCAAUGGUCUUGUGUGUUCUCUGGGAUUGUGUCAAGAGCCUUGACGCUUGAAGUUCUGUCUACUGGAGUUGCUGGAAACUACAAUGGUGCUUUGCAAGUGAUGACAGCUGAGUUUCAAGUUCCAUCGCCGCUAGUCCCGACGCGUGAGAACUACUUUGUGAGAUACUGUAAACAGCAUAACGACGGUUCUUGGGCUGUGGUUGAUGUCUCUUUGGACAGCCUUAGACCGAACCCGAUCUCAAGAACCAGAAGAAGGCCUUCAGGUUGUCUGAUCCAAGAAUUGCCUAAUGGCUAUUCCAAGGUUACAUGGAUAGAGCAUAUGGAGGUGGAUGAUAGAUCGGUUCACACAAUGUACAAACCGUUGGUUCAUUCCGGUUUAGCUUUCGGAGCUAAACGUUGGGUGUCUACACUCGAACGUCAGUGCGAGCGGCUCGCGAGUUCGAUGGCCAGCAACAUUCCGGCGGGUGAUCUUUCCGUGAUAACGAGUCCAGAAGGGAGGAAGAGCAUGUUGAAGCUAGCGGAGAGGAUGGUGAUGAGCUUCUGCAGCGGCGUCGGCGCGUCGACUGCACACGCGUGGACUACAAUGUCGUCCACAGGAUCCGAUGACGUUCGGGUUAUGACCCGAAAGAGCAUGGAUGAUCCGGGAAGACCUCCUGGUAUUGUUCUUAGUGCUGCGACAUCGUUUUGGAUCCCAGUGGCUCCAAAACGUGUUUUCGAUUUCCUCCGCGACGAAAACUCAAGAAGCGAGUGGGAUAUUCUGUCAAAUGGAGGAAUGGUUCAAGAAAUGGCUCAUAUAGCCAAUGGUCGUGAGCCUGGGAACUGCGUCUCCUUGCUCCGAGUCAAUAGUGGAAACUCGAGCCAGAGCAACAUGUUGAUUCUACAAGAGAGUUGUACGGACGCGUCAGGAUCGUAUGUGAUAUAUGCGCCGGUGGAUAUAGUGGCGAUGAACGUGGUUCUAAGCGGAGGAGAUCCUGAUUACGUGGCGUUGUUGCCGUCUGGUUUUGCUAUUUUACCGGAUGGUUCGGUCGGAGGAGGAACCGGAGAUGGGAAUCAGGAAGUGGUUUCUUCUUCUGGGAGCUGUGGCUCACUUUUAACCGUUGCGUUUCAGAUUCUUGUUGACUCUGUUCCUACAGCUAAACUGUCACUUGGAUCGGUGGCUACGGUUAACAGUCUGAUCAAAUGUACGGUGGAGAGGAUCAAAGCCGCCGUUGCUUGUGACGGUGGAGGACCAGGAGGAGCCUAG